AUGACGCACGGCAUUAUGCCCCGGCUCAUCUUCGGUUUCCUGCCUCGGGACGAGCUACCUAUUGUUUGGCUACAAGCUCUGCUUUUUGGAGCCCAACUCAAGUGGCUUUUCUUGGGAGUCCCUUUGCAGGGCCACUGCCAAAUCACAGCGCGCCGACAGUGGAAAAAUGUAUAUGAUGAACUGGGCGGCAACCCGGGAAGCACCAGUGCCGCCACGUGCACACGAAGACACUACGAGAGACUCAUCCUACCCUAUGAGAGGUUUACUAAAGGAGAGGAGGACAAACCCCUUCCGCCUGUCAAACCCCGCAAACAGGAGGGCAGUGCCCAGGAGGUCGUUGUAAAAACAAAGAUGACGGCCGUUAAGCGGCCAAAGGACGAACAAAAACCUCGGAGUGAAAAGGACGCUUCAGCUGAAGUCCCAGAGCCGGGGAUGGAGGACACGGAACAGCUCCAGGAGAAGCUGUUAGAGAAGCAGGAUAGCCAGCAGUACCAGGCUCUAACCCAGAAGGACAGAGAAACAAAGAGUCCUAUUUCUGAAGAUGAAGGCGUACAACUAGUGAUCAAGGAUGAAGAUCAACCUGUGCUCCAUAACACAUACGAGCAUGCAAAUGGGAAUAUGUUACCCUCACUUCCUCAAGAUUGUGCACCACUCAAAUCAGAGGAUUGUGACGCAUUUCCUGUUGCUGCUAUGCCUCUGCACCAUGGUCAUCCUCGCCCUAACUCUCACACACCGGAGCAGUGGCAGCAUGGGAUGCUGGAAUACAAGGUGCCUCCGAGUGCCCUUGCAAACGUUGAACAGUCUAGGCCAAAAGAGGGCCAUAAUCAGGUGGGAAUGGUGUUGCCCACCCUAAAGCAGAAACCCCCCACAUCUCCAGAAAUCCCACCUGAUAGGGCUGAGCCCCCUAAAAAAGAAGAAGCAUGCUUCAAUUUUAAUCCCCUCCUCUACCCUAGGGGUAAUCCUGGCAUCAUGUCCCCAUUAGCUAAGAAGAAGAUGCUGUCCCAAGUCAGUGGAACAGGACUGCGUAAUAAUUACCCAUACGGACCCCCACCUCCAUUAGUCAGUAGGAGGUUGUCCAGCAGUAGUACAGAAGGGUCUUCUUCUGGGCAGCAGAACUCCCAGGCUCCUUCCGCUGCAGAGACCAACAUGGUGAACAAACGGCCAUCAGUUAUCCAGCAUGCUCAAAGUUUCAAGUCCAGAGGUAGUGAGGACAGGAAUUCCUCAACAGAGGGCUCUCAGAAAGAGGGGUGUAGUGUGGGAGAUCAAAUUCCCCAGCCACAGCCUACCCCGAUAAGAGAGCCAUACCUUAUGAGGGCUGACCCCCAUUCCAGCAUGGAAAAAUCUGCUGAGAUGCCUCGUCCUGGCCAGGCUCCCAGCUUCCUGAGUGACUUUUAUUCCUCACCUCACCUACACAAUCUCAGCCGACAAACCGAGCACCACCUGUGCAAGGAGCAGAUAAGCAAGUAUCUUAGUGGAGACGUUUACCCUCGGGACUGUGAGACCGCCCAGGGCUUUCCACCAAGCCAGCAUCCCGACAAUGUGGGUUUGAAUUACAGUGCCCGGCUAAGUCAGAAAGAAAAGGGACCUCCUGCAGAAAGGGUAACAGAGGAGCAACCAACUGAUUUGAGUCUCCCAAAAUCCUCUCCGCACAAACUGCCUCUUUCCACAUCCUCUCUCUGUGGCAUCCCACAUCCCACAAUACAACAGGACAUUAAAAACUCUUCUCUCUUUCAAGCAGGCAACAGUCAGAGCUCAAGCAUAGAUUACCAUCCCAGGGCCUGUCGUGUUCCUCCUAUGACUGUGUCCAUGUCUAAAAAGGUCCCCGAAUCUCACUCAAAGAUUCUGGAGAAAGCACACAAUGGCAGAGGCGAAGAGUCCUUGGGAUGCAAAAUCGAUGAGAUGGCUCGGCCCAUUCUGAGCACCAAAAGCAGCCCACAGAAUAUCUGCACUGCGUGGCCACUGAAAAGGACCCUUGAGGAUUUGGAAAACGAACCUUCGGAGAAGAAGAUCCGGGCUGUGACACCCUUGCACUGCUCGACACAAAGAGACGGCCCAGGGAAACCUAGGACACCAGAAGCUGAGAGUGAGUCCAUGAAGCAUGCAGAACUUACUCACACGGCGCACAUCAACAGUUACACAUCAGAGGGCCACAAGAUCCCCUUCCCCUCCCACCUGUUCCAAGGGCUGUAUCCAGGGACAUUUGUAUCUCAGGUCCAGGACAUGUAUGAAAGCUUGGGCUCCCACGUUACCCCAAGUUACUCCUAUCCACUGCAGUACUUGAAGAACCCGGCUGUUCUGUCACCACUCAUGCCCCCCUUCGCUAUUCAUUCCUUAAUGAUGCAAAGACAGUUCCUGGCUGCCAAUCCCGCCCACAUUUACAGGCACCAAGUGGGUACCUCAUACGGGGACAUUCUGCACCCUGGCCUCUACCCCAUUUCGGCCCUUCACCCCCAGCCAGCUUUCAGUCCCCCUCAACUCUCUUCAGUGCACCCCAGCACUAAACUUUCCUAGGUGAUUCAGUCUGAUAUUCCCUGGCCGGACCUGCCCAGCCCAUGCUUAACUCAGACUUGAUGCUCCCCAGAAAAUCCCAUCAAGCAUGGUCACACUAUGUACCCAACGAAUAGCAGUGUUUUAUAAACGUUUUAACAUGGGAGCAGUUAUUUCUGUUAUUUACCUUCUUGCCACUCAAGUUUUUUGAUUUGCACUUUUCUUUGAACAGGGGCCAACUGGGCUGAUUGUGGCUUGUUCUCACCACACUGUUUGAAAGUGUCAGUUGGCUUGUUCGAAGAUAUGUUGCCUUGGCACAGGUGCCCAAGUGGAGAUGGGCACGAUGUCCAUGGAGGCAUCCAAAGGAAAGUCGAGUGACAAAUCAGAGCAAUGCAACAGUGCUAUUUCAGUCCAUUCUGAGAGCUCUUUUAUCUGAAACACUAUGAUACGAUAAUGCAAGAGCUGCCUGGGUAAAUGUUGGACCUUUUCACAUUACUCUUGACUGUAAAUUUUUUGUUGCUGUUGUUGUUGUUCUUUUUUAAAAAAUUUAACAAUGUGGUAGUUUUAUAUGUUUAUUUUUGAAUCUUACAAGGGUUAAGCAAUGAGAUAUCACAUUUGAUAAAGUUGCAAAAAAGGGACCCGAGUAUUGCAGUUUGGUGUGUUACACGGUUACAUGUACAUAAAACAAACUAAGCUUUCCUUGAAGGAAUCUUAAAUGUCAGUGAUACAAUGUGAGGUAGGCUUCACAAGCUUCUUUGACCACUGUCUGCUGGCCUCCUUUUCAGCUACUCUCACACCCAGCCAAGCUCGCUUCUGAUCACCAGAGCAAUGUGGAAUGUGUUUGUCAAAUGUAGGACUGAGGUGCUUGUACAUAACCUUCACAAACUGAACACAUUUUGUAUCAUGUUCACUCGCUACUGUAAUUUCUGACUGCUCUGAACUGUGGAGCUAAAGAGCGAUUUUGGAUGGUGAGAGGAUAAUGCAGGACUACUUAAGUGUCAGAAAGUGAGUUUUGUAUUUGCUGGUGUACACUUGCUUACUCAGAGGACUUUUUAUCAGGAGAUACAACUGAAAUUUAAAACUACAUUUGGGGAAAAUACAUUUUAGGAGCACUUAGAAAAGCCCACACAGGCUUUUCCAUCCAUUUCUGUUUAAGGUUUGCUAACAGUUAAAAUUUUAGAUAUUGUUUGAACUUUAGGGCUGUAAGUGCUGGCAGCAGUCAAAUUUGCGUCUGUAUUAAAUUAAGUGUAACACUUGCCAGAAAAGAGUUUUUAAUUAUAAAAGCAUGAUUUCUUUGCACAAAAGAUUUUGGGAAAGUACCAAGAAAAUUUGAAAAGUAACUCAGUUCUCCUAGGGUAAUCAAUUAU